AUGAUGAGUGAGAAGAGAAAAAUGGAAAAGAAAAACAACAAUUUGAAAGAGAACACAAUGUCUUAUGAGGAAUUUGACUGGAUGGAAAUGCUGAAUAGUGGAACACUAGCAAAACAGCGUGUAUGUGUUCUGGACAAAUACAUCCAUAAACAUAAUUUGCUUGCAGUGAAGGGUAAAAACAAACCACAGAAAGUCAAUGGUAUUAUGGAUCACUUACGGUCAUUUGCUGAAAGCACACAAGCAAACAAACAAAGCUCCCUCAGUGUGGAAGAGGUGGAUGAUCAUGAUGAAUGUGAAGUAGAUGAAGGGGAUGAGGCAUUACCCACUUGUCCUGGUGAUGAAGACUUUGUAUUGGGAGAAAUAGGAGACUCGAGUGAUCAGCUGUCAGAAUCAGAGUCAGACUCUUAA